GCAGAGAGGGCUGCCACCAUGCACAGCACCCGCUGUCUCCUGGAGCUUCUGCUGCCACCAUUGCUAUUGCUGGUGGCCACCACAGGCCUCGCCAGAGCCCUUGAUGAUGAUGAGAGACAUGCGAUGGUCAAGCUGCACAACUUCUACCGUGCCCAGGUGUCCCCGUCGGCCGCCAACAUGCUGCAAAUGAGGUGGGACGAAGAGCUGGCCACCUUCGCCAAGGCCUACGCUAAGCAGUGCGUGUGGGGCCACAACAAGGAGCGCGGGCGGCGCGGUGAGAACCUGUUCGCCAUCACUGACGAGGGCAUGGACGUGCCGCGGGCGGUGGAGGAGUGGUACGUGGAGCGGGAGCACUACAACCUCAGCACUGCCACUUGUGACCCGGGCCAGAUGUGCGGCCACUACACGCAGGUGGUCUGGGCCAAGACUGAGAAGAUUGGCUGUGGCUCCCACUUUUGUGAGACGAUCCAAGGGAUUGAAGAGACCAAUAUCCAUUUGCUGGUUUGCAACUAUGAGCCCCCGGGCAACGUGAAGGGGCAGAGGCCCUACCAGGAGGGGACCCCGUGUUCCCAAUGUCCCUCUGGCUACAGCUGCGAGAACUCCCUCUGUGCAGAACCCAUCAGAGGCUCGGAGGAGGCUCAAGAGUUGCCUCACCUGGUAACUGAGACCCCAUCUUCCCUGGCAACUGAAGCCUCAGGCUCUAGGAAAGGGGGUAGCUCUUCUUCCCUAGCAAGAGAAACACCAUCCUUCUUGGUAACAGAGGUCUCGGGCUCCCUGACAACCAAGGCUCUACCUGCUGUAGAGACCAAGGCCCCAUCUUCCCUGGCAACGGAAGGCACCCCCUCCAUGGCAACCGAAGUUCCCCCUUCCUUAACUAGUGAGGUCCCUUGGUCUUUGCAAACUCAGAGCCCGUUCUCCUUGGAUGAGGGGCCAGCUACCUCCCCCAAGUUGACCCAUGGUCCCAUCUCCAAAUCGGUAGACAAAGAGGCCAGUGAGACCACAAUGCCCUCCAGGAGCCCAGAGAGUUCUGUGCACCUCAAGGUGUCCCUGACAGGGACACAAGAGCUGCUACCCAGCUCCCAGAGGGAGGGCAAGGAUGAGGCCGAGUUGCCUUCUUCCAGGGAGGUCUUGGUUUCAGCUUUUCCAACCCAGGCUGAGCCAGGUGAGCCACAUGCCACCCUGGACCACACGGGGCACACCUUCUCCAAGUCCCUGCCCAACUUCCCCAAUACCUCUGCCACCGCUAAUGCCAUGGGCGGACGAAUCCUGGCACUGCAGUCAUCCUUUCCAGGUACAGAGGAUCCUGUAAAGCCUGAAAUCCAUUCAGGGAUGAACUCGGGCCCUGGUCGCAUCUGGGGCCCUCUCCUGAGUCUACUGCUACUGCCACCCCUAGCGCUGGUUGGAAUCUUCUGAAUUUCACUCAAAGGCAAGGCCUGGUGGGGGGACCCUGGCCUCAUGCUCACUCUGGAUUGUUUUUCUCCAAGAGACCCCAGCUUCCUGGACAAGUCCUGCUCUGUGGCCCAGCAGCCCCCUCACGCCAGCUUCCGGCUGGACUCCAUGCCAGUGCCAGUCCCUGGCACUGUCUCGGGAAUGCCUCUGCCUCUGGGGUAGCCCACCCCUCAGCACGCUGCAGGCUGUUCUGAGCAGUGUUCCUAUGGCCAUGGUCCUGCUCUUCUAGGGACAGAAGAUCUCAGGGCUCCCCAGGAACCCCUUGGACCCUACCAGCCCCUGGCCUCUUCCUGGAGUCCUGGGAUGUUCCCAGGCAUGCCUUCCCAGGGUGAGGUCAGCUGUCCUCUGUCGCCUCCCCACCCUGUCCCCAGCCCCCCUAACAAGAUGCUUCUUGGCUGAGAGCCCUCUGGGAGGGAAAAUCUGCAGGGCCUGUGGCUCACCCAGACGUCUUGGCCUGGCUGGCAGAGAGCUCAGGCUGCCACCUGAUAACCGCACAUCUGGUCUGGACGCCUCCUGCCCCUCCUGUGUCAGUCCAUGUGGGUAGGUGGGGAUUCUGGGGUAUCCCU